AUGAUCGUGGCCUCCUUCGUGCCGCCGGUGUACUACGCCUUCCUCUGCCACCCGCCGGCGUGGGUGGCCUACCUGUCCGCGAUCACGGCGUUGGGCGCGCUGGUGGUGGCCGCGCUGCUCUCCCCGUCCUGCUCGUCCCCGCGCUACCGCCGCCUCCACGCGGCGCUGUUCCUGGCCAUGGGCCUAUCGGGCGUCGUCCCGGCGCUGCACGCGCUGUGGCUCAACUGGGGCCACGCCGCCUGCUACCUGGCGCUCGGCCUCGAGGUCGCCAUGGGCCUCGCCUACGCCACGGGAGCCUGGUUCUACGUCAGCCGCGUGCCGGAGAAGUGGCGGCCCGGGGGGUUCGACGUCAUCGGGCACAGCCACCAGAUCUUCCACGUGCCUGGGGUUUUGCAGCUAGCGAGAGGCGCUUGA